GCUCACGCGCAGCCAGUGAUGUGCUCCUGCCCAACAGACGAGCAAAGGAGACUCGUGGGGCAAUUAAAAAAAUAAAACAAAGUAUAAGAACAUAAUUUUCCACUGAACCCUCGGCAAAAGGGCAGUUCUCUGGCAGUCGGUCCUGACUUGUUUUUUUUUGCUUUCAUGCAUGCACAUACACGUGAAAUAAAAGGAGCUCAAUGAACUCGCGGCUUAUUGCAGAGUGAGGAGCAGCAAGUGGAGCCCGGUGAGAGAUAUUUGUCUGGAAUAUGCCAGACACUGCCCGUGCCGCACGUUCCCACCAGUACCCUUGCACUGGAAGCCUUCAUUGUCUGCCCCUUGCAUGAGGUGCAGAGGACUAUUUGAGCAAAGUUCUGUGACUCGCCCAUCAAAAAUAUGAAUGGAUUUCACUCGACACAUUCUAUUAAUGGAACAGUUCAUAAGAGAAACUAAGAAUGGUUUAACAAGAGAUUUCCUUGGGAAGAGAAGUGUGUUUGACUGGGUUUACAAUCAAAUGCAAACAGACAUCAGCUGAACUAAAAGCAUCAGAAGUACUUCUGUCUGCUUGAAAAAGAAGAUGCCUUCUGCAACCAUACUUUUCUAGAAGCACAUCAGGAUUUGCCGUGCUCUCUUCAUGAGUAAGAACUUGGGCUGAGCGGAUCUUUAAAAAAUGUGUGAUGGGACGUGGGUUAUCCUAAGUCCAGCAGAGUUUGCUCAGCUACAACAGUACACAGAAUAUUCCUCAAAGAAAUUGAAAGAUGUGCUGGAGGAAUUUCAUGGAGAUGGGGUGCUGUCCAAAUACAAUCCUGAACAGCCUAUAGAUUACGAAGGUUUCAGAUUAUUCAUGAAGACAUAUCUGGAGGUGGAAAUCCCAGAAGAACUCUGUGAGCACUUAUUCAUGUCAUUUAAAAGGAAGACAUGCCAAAAUUCACCGGAGUCCCAGAAGCAGAACUCAAGUAAUUCACAGUUUAAUCUAUUAGAACCAAAAUCUCUAGAUUCUGGCAUCUCCUUCCAGACAGAAGUAGCAUGUGCUCCUAUUACAGGAAUUAAUGGCAAAAGUAUUCUGAAUGCCAUGAGAAGACAUUCUCCAGAUGGAAGGAAUUCCCAGGUUAACCUCACCGAUCAGCAAUUUCCCAGCUUGGCUCCUAUUGCUGCUGCUGCCACAGCAACUUACUCUCCUGGUUCCUCACGGUCUUCUUCUCAGAAAUCCACUGCUGCUGCUCACUUUUCUCAUAACUUCUCUGGCUCCUUCAAGAUUUCCUCUGCCUCACUGCUUAACUCUCAGUCUCCAGGUACAAAAAGUUUAGACAAGAGGAUGAAUUUAUCAUUUAAGAAGAAUCACAGCCCUCUGAAGACACCACCCCAUGUGCCACAGUCCCAGAUGCCCCAAGUGGUCUACCUGAAGGAUAUUGUCUGUUAUCUGUCACUGUUGGAGCGAGGAAGAGCUGAGGAUAAGCUGGAGUUUAUGUUUCGACUUUAUGAUACAGAUGGAAAUGGUUUCCUGGACAGCUCUGAAUUGGAUCGAAUCAUCAACCAAAUGGUCCAUGUUGCAGAAUAUUUGGAAUGGGAUGCUACUGAACUCAGGCCAAUACUAAUGGAAAUGAUGGAGGAAAUUGACUAUGAUCAUGAUGGUACAGUUACACUUGAAGAGUGGAUAAGAGGAGGGAUAACCACCAUUCCAUUACUGGUCCUCCUUGGCAUGGAGACGAACGUGAAGGAUGAUGGCCAACAUGCUUGGCGAUUAAAACACUUCAACAAGCCUGCCUAUUGCAACUUCUGCCUGACAAUCCUAUUGGGUGUUAGAAAACAAGGCCUUUGUUGUUCUUUUUGCAAAUACACAGUCCAUGAAAGAUGUGUCUCCAAAGAUAUUGCAUCAUGUAUAAGCACAUAUGUAAAAUCCAAGAGAAAUACUAAUGUUAUGCAGCAUGUUUGGGUGGAAGGAAACUCACAAACCAAAUGUGAUAAAUGCCAUAAAAGCAUUAAAUGUUACCAGGGUCUCACGGGUCUCCACUGUGUUUGGUGCCAAAUUACUCUCCACAAUAAAUGUGCCUCACAUAUCAAGCCUGAAUGUGACGGUGGCCAACUAAAAGACCACAUUUUACUUCCUUCCUACAUAUGUCCUGUAGUUCUGGAUAGACAGCCCAAUCAGAAAAAAGCUGAAAAUCAUUCACCAACAACUCCAACUUCAGAUGACAAUCAGGCUUUCAAAUGUAAUACAAUGACAAUGGAUGGACAAGGACUGCAGAUCACAUCAGUGCCCGGUACACAUCCACUUCUAGUGUUUGUCAAUCCCAAAAGUGGUGGAAGGCAAGGGGAAAGAGUUCUCCGAAAAUUUCAGUAUCUUCUCAACCCCAGACAAAUUUAUAAUCUUGACAGGGGUGGUCCUAUCUCUGGAUUAAAUUUUUUUCGUGACAUACCUGAUUUCCGAAUAUUGGCCUGUGGAGGAGAUGGAACCGUAGGUUGGAUAUUAGAUUGUAUUGAUAAAAUGAACUUAUCAAAACACCCACCUGUAGCUGUGUUACCACUGGGAACCGGAAAUGACCUCGCUCGAUGUUUGAGAUGGGGAGGAGGAUACGAAGGUGGUAACUUAAUGAAAGUUCUCAAAGACAUAGAAAACAGUGUAGAAAUGAUGUUGGACCGAUGGAGUAUAGAGGUGAUUCCAAACAACAAAGAAGAAAAAGGUGAUCCGGUGCCAUACAACAUUGUUAACAACUAUUUCUCAAUAGGUGUGGAUGCAUCAAUUGCUCACAGAUUUCACGUAAUGAGAGAAAAGCAUCCAGAAAAAUUCAACAGUAGAAUGAAAAACAAGCUAUGGUAUUUUGAGUUUGGAACGACAGAGACAUUUUCUGCUACUUGCAAGAAGUUAAAUGAAUUUGUGGAAGUGGAGUGUGAUGGUAUUGUCCUUGAUCUAAGUAACACGUCACUAGAAGGAAUCGCAAUCCUCAACAUUCCCAGUAUGCAUGGAGGUUCCAACCUUUGGGGUGAGACAAAGAAGCGAAGGAACUAUAACCGUAUGAGUAAAAAGGUCCCCGAGAAGCUCUGCUCAACAACGGUGACAGAUGUGAAGGAACUGAAAUUCUGUGUGCAAGACUUUAGUGAUCAGCUGCUGGAAGUUGUUGGCCUUGAAGGUGCCAUGGAGAUGGGACAAAUCUACACCGGACUGAAGAGUGCUGGGAAGCGACUGGCUCAGUGUACUUGUGUCACCAUCAGAACAACUAAGCUGCUGCCUAUGCAGAUUGAUGGGGAGCCCUGGAUGCAGCCUCCUUGUACCAUUAGAAUUACUCACAAAAACCAGGUCCCCAUGCUGUUGGGGCCUCCUGCAAAGGCAAGCCUACUUUUCUGGAAAAGGAGAAAUCGCAGCAGAGAUUAAAUGUGCAGGAAAAUGUUACAGCUGAAGAUCACAAUAUUACAAGAAAGCCCUCUGGACAAAUGAAUAUUUUCUUUUUACUUUAGAUGUUUUAUUUUUAUUCUACAUUUAUACCACAGAGUCAUCAGACUUAAACACUGUACAGUAACAAUAUAUAACUUGGACUUCAAUGAAAAUAACUUUGUAAUAUUUAAAAUGAAUCUAUGAAGCAAAGUCAUAAACUUUCCAAGAAUGAACAGAAUCAGUAAAUACUUCGGUGUUUCCAUUUUCCAUGUUUCCGAUGUUUGUUCUAGUAUCCUAGGAACAAUGGAGCAAAGAGGGAAGCAAAACUCCAGGAUGCAAUCCAAACUCACCCAUGCUACAACAGUAAAACAAUUGACUUCAGCUGUCACAUACCGACCAAUGCCUAUUGCCUAACAAAGUUACACUUCCACGUCAUCAACUCAGAGCUGCAGGCAGUUCUGGGACGGCAGCAAGGAAUUUGCAUUCUGGGAUUGUGUACAUACAAACAUUUUGAAAUUGCAAGUUCCGUACCUUGCACUUUGAUUAAACAGCUCAUGGUUUCAGGUCAAAACAUGACAGUACAUAAUGACAAAUUGUCUUUUUUUUUCCUGCUGUGAUAUCAUUGCCAUAGCUAUAUAACAUUUAUGGUAAACUAUAAUUAAGUGGCUGCACCAAUAUUCUUAAUAUUGGCAAAGACUGAGAAACUUGUAGAGUAAACUAAUUGAACCGACAUUCAGAGAAAGCUGUGCUUAGAAGCCUGACCUGUGUGCGUGUGUGUGUGUGUGUGUGUGUGUGUGUGUGUGUGUGUGCGCGUGCGCGUGUGUGCGCGUGUGUGUACGUAUGUGUAUCAUAUACAUAGUUGCAAAACAUCACUGGUAUUCAAGUUAAACAUAUGCAUCAGCAGUGGUCGUGUUUACGUGUAGAUUAUCAUUCUUGAUGUCGUAUAUCAGUGGCAACAGUAGGCUUGUGUGUUCUGUGUGUCUGUUUACAAUCAUCAGCCUUAACAAUGUGUCUGAACAUAAAAAGGUGCAAUAAUUAUUGAAAAAAAUCAAUAGAUCUAACAUUGUAAAAGAAGCCAAAUAUAUAGCACUUGUUUUUAUAUUCUUUGUGUUAGCUGCAUUGAAAUAGAAAUGCCACUAAACACACUACUAGUAUAGUGAGAGGGUCCAUAUCUAUUUUGAAUGUACUGUAAAGCUGUUAGAAAAUACUUACUUUUAGCCAUUUGGAUAAUUUAGGGUUUUCAUACCAGUAUAUUGUUAAGAAUUUGAAAUUUAUGUAAAAUAAAGUUACCAAUGUAAUGUUGCCCCAUGUCUGUUGAAUUGCUUUUGGCUGCUUGCAUGGUAUUGUGUAGAUCUGUUAUGUACAAUGUUUAUAUGUAACCCAAAAUGGAUAUUGUUUUAGAAGAAAUAAAAAGAAAAGCAUC